AUGAACUAAAUUUAAGAAGAAGAAUUCAUAGCAUUAACAAGAUAACAAGCAAAUCAAUUAAUUCCUUCUUUAAAAUCUGCUUACUAUGGGUUGGUGUUAUAGGGAAAAUAUUUACCAAAAUAAAACUCAUCAAUAAUAACAUCUGAAUAUCUAUUAGGAGUACUUUUUGAAACUUAUUAUGUUUCAUAAAUUGAUGAGAUCAAUAUUGGAGUACUUCUAAAACCAAUCAAGAAGGUCGAACUAAUUGAGGAGUUGAUAAAGAUUUAGAUGAACGGACAAAAAUGGGGUAUAGAUGUAAAACACACUCCAAAUAAGGAAUGGAUUGUUAAUGUCUUAAAAACAUUAAAACCAGACCAUUAUAUUUUUAAAAAUGAAACAGAAAUUACCAAAUUUGAUAUGAGGAAAUUUACGACUUAAUAAGUAGCGUAAGCUAUAAUUAUCUUUAUAUCUUUUUAGAAAAAUUAAAGAACUGGAUUAUUCAAUAGGGAAGAAAUCAAAUGUGAGGAGGUUCUUUAGGAUACCUAAAGAGAAAUAAAUGGAGCUCUAGAAACAUAAAUUGGUGUUAAAAAAGUCGAAUUUACUUUCAAAAAUGAAAAAAAAAAAAUCUUAAAUAGAUGAA